CCAAUGGCGGUGAUGGCACUGAUGGACCUGGCACAGGGCUGUGUGACCUUUGAGGAUGUGGCCAUUUCCUUCUCCCAGGAUGAGUGGAGUCUUCUUGAUGAGGCUCAGAGACUCUUAUAUUGCAAUGUGAUGCUAGAGAACUUUGCACUUACAGCCUCACUGGGACUUACAUCUUUCAGGUCUCAUGUCGCUGCCCAACUGGAGAUAAGGAAAGAGCCCUGGGUGCCUGAUACUGUGGACGUGACUCCAGCUUUGGCAAGAGGGACUUAUAAGGGGCCUGGCUCUGGUUUUUGGCAUGGAAUGAAGGGCCAGGACUCGACUUCUGAGCAUAAUAUUUUUGUAGAAGUUGUAACACAGGAUGGGAAUCCCAAGGCAGGUCUGUCCAUCCAGAAGGAGUACCCUUGUGACAUAGGUAGCCUGCUCUUAAAAGACAUUUUAUACCUGGUUGAACACCAGGCAGCACAUCCCAGUCAGAAACCAUACAUGUAUGGGGCAUUUGGGAGAGGAUUUGGGUUCAGUGCAAACCUUCACAAGCAACAGAUACAACAGAAUGUGGAGAAGCCCAACAGAAGAGAUGAGGUCAAGGCCUCAUUUGUGAAGAGCUGCAGAGCCUACUUGUCAGAGGAGACUUUCACAAGUAGGGAGGGUGGGAAAGACUUCAUUGCCACAUCAGGCUUUCUCCAGCCUCAGGUCAUUCACAGUCUUGGGGAGCCACAUAGGAGCACUGGAGGUGGAAUGGGUGUUCACACUGUGCAAAAGAAUUAUAAGUGCAAUGAAUGUGGAAAAACAUUCAGUGACAGAUCCACACUUGUUGAGCACCAGAGAAUCCAUACUGGAGAAAGGCCUUACGAGUGUGGGGUAUGUGGGAAAUGCUUUAGACAGACCUCUACCCUCAAUAUACAUCAAAGAGUUCAUACUGGAGAAAGAUCUUAUGAGUGCAGCGAAUGUGGAAAAGCCUUCAGCCACAAAACCAGAUUUAUUCAGCAUCAGAAAAUCCACACUGGCAAAAGACCCUAUGAGUGCAGCGAAUGUGGGAAAUUAUUCAGCCAGUGCUCCAGCCUGUUUCAACACCAGAGAGUUCACACUGGAGAAAAGCCUUAUGAGUGCCGUGAAUGUGGGAAAUUCUUCAGACACAUCUCCAGUCUCAUCAAACAUCGGAGAGUUCACACGGGAGAACUACCUUAUGAGUGUGGUGAAUGUGGGAAAUUCUUUAGCCAAAGCUCUAACCUCAUUCAACAUCAGAGGGUUCACACUGGAGAAAGGCCUUAUGAGUGCAGUGAAUGUGGGAAAUUAUUUAGCCAAAGCUCUAACCUAAUUAAACAUCGGAGGGUUCACACUGGUGAAAGCCCUCAUGAGUGCAGUGAAUGUGGGAAAGCCUUUAGCUACAACUCCAACUUAAUUAAACAUCAGAGGGUUCACACUGGAGAAAGGCCUUAUAAGUGCAAUGAAUGUGGGAAAUUCUUUAGCCAUAUCUCCAGUCUCAUUAAACAUCGAAGAGUCCACACAGGUGAACAGCCCUAUGAGUGCAGUGAAUGUGGGAGAUUCUUUAGCCAAAGCUCCAGCCUCAGCAACCAUCGGAGACUUCACACUGGUGAACGACCUUAUGAGUGCAGUGAAUGUGGGAAAGCCUUCAGCCAAAGCUCUGACCUCAUAAAACAUCAAAGAGUUCACAGUGGUGAGCGACCUUAUGAGUGCAGUGAAUGUGGGAAAGCCUUCAGUCAAAGGUCUAAUCUUAUUCAGCACCAGAAACUUCACAAACUACAUAGGCCUUAUUAGUAGCAGUGUGGGAAAGCCUUCAGCCUAACUUCAUUUAGCACUAGAAAGUUCACAUUGGAGAAGGGCCUUAGAAGUGCAGUGAAUGUGCUCCUCUGUGCAACAUAA